UACGUAAAAAUGACGCGCCCAUUUUCUGUUUAAAUAAAUAAAUCUGAUAAGUUGCGUUCAAAAGAUAAACCUGUCGAAUGUUUAAUUUCGUACAGUUAGCGGUGUCGUUCGUUGCAUCACUUGAGUCGUGAGUUGCGGCCACUGUACACAAACAUUCUCGGUGCGGAACGAGCGCUCUUUGUUUUGAAUCGAGUUUCAAACAAGAUUACUAGUAUGUGAACACACGAAAUCACAAUGGGACUCUCAACGAACUGCUGGAAAUAUCUAGUUUUAACCUUCAAUGUAUUAUUCGCUAUGUCAGCAGUAGUGCUGUUCGGAGUAAGCGGGUAUCUUAUUUACAAACUGUUUAUCUAUCGACACUUCAUCGGAGUCAAUGUGGAAUACCCUGCUAUACUGCUGCUGAUGAUGGCAAUCAUCACAUGUUCCAUAGCGUGGAUCGGGUGGAGAACUGCCAAGUCUAUGCAUCAGAUCCAUGUCAUAAUUACGGGUAUCCUGAUAAUCCUGGUGGUGGUGAUCGAGUUCUCCUGCUUCGUGUGGGCGAUGGUGGCGUGGGACAACGUGGAGAUCGACAUCAAGUCCACCAUCAUGUACUACUUCGAGCAGACCCUUCAGAACACCGAUGCUACGGCCGUUGACACUAUACGAUGGGAUAGGCUACAGGUUAAGUUCGAAUGCUGCGGCGUGACCGGCCCCAGCGACUACACUUCCAAAGGCCAGGUGCCAUUUUCCUGUUGCGGCCAGGGACCCCUGGACUCGAUACACAAGCCGUACGCAUCAGACUGUGCCAUGCUGUACCAGAGGGGCUGUGGGAAGCAGUUGCAUGACUACGCGAAGCAACAGCUGCUUAUGGUAGCCAUGACGGCUUUGGCUGCGUCUAUAUUGCAGAGCACUGGUAUAUUCUGCACAUUCUUCCUCGCCCAAGCCAUAAAGGAGAGACGUCGAGCUUCCAUCAGGAAUUCAACGAAUAUCAGAGAUUCCACCUUCGCAAAUCCAGACGAUUCACUAUUAGCGGCACCUACGGCCCCAGCAGCGACCUUGCCUAAGUAUUAAUAGGAUAAGAAAAGAUUUACCUGCAGACGAGAUGAAUAGGCGAUUUUUGACGUUAAAUGAGGCGAAGUAAUUUGCUGAGGCAGCCAGUCAUAAACUUCUCUGUUGGACCUUAUUUUGAACGCCUCGAUGCAGAAGCAAUGCAUAAACUAUAACGACUGGGUGAUAAGUUCAUAGACUAGACUUGGAAUUGGCCCUUCUUGGCAUUAUUUGCACUUUUUUUUAUUACUUCGUCUUUUCUGACGUCGAGGAUCCCUGAUAGAGUUGUCAAUUAUACCUGCCUGCUAUUUUUGAGACAAGGACUUAUCAUUGAGUCCAGUAUUUCGGGCAUUAUAUUAAUAAAAAAAGUCCAGUAAAUUAUUUUUAGGCGUGUUUAUCCCAUUCCCCGUUUAUUUUGUGUAUUAAUGUUAAGGAAAGUUAUUGCAAACCGAAUGCAGCUAUUUUAUACUUAUACCAGUCCUCCUGCCAUUUGGUUUUAUAUGAAAAUAUUUUUAAUUAACUACUUUUAUGUUGAUAUAAGUAGUGAUUUCUGUGCACCUAGUUCAUUUAAGGACAGUUUAUAAGUUUAUCGAACCUGUUCUUGCCACAAAGUAUUAAUUAAAAAAUAUGUUUAUUGAUAUAAAACAGGGAAUUACCGUCCGUCAUAUUUAUUAUCAAUCACCAGUAAUAUAUCGUUUAAAAUAAUGAAUAUGUCCAGUAGUUUAGGUUGGUCGGCCAUUUAUAUAAAUAUCAAUGUCAAUUUCUAGCUAAAUAAAACUGCACUUCACAAUAAUAUCUAUAUUGUUUUAUGGGGUUUUUGUAUAUCAAUGGUUAACUGCUAAUUAAAAUGCUAUAAAAUUCUGACACGUUCAAUGAAGGGUGAACAAAAUCAUGUUAGAAAGGAACAAUGCAAGCAUUUAGUUGUCACUUCAAUUUAGUUUUUCACUUUUCUGUACUUAUGUCACUUUUCUGUUUUAUACUUAUUUGCUUUUUGUAUGUAUAGGUAAGGUACCUUCGAAAACUAAACCAGAUGUGUCACGUUUUUCCUGUUUUUAAUGUGUAAAUGAAAAACAACAAUGUUUUCGCCAGCAACUUGCAAAUGAAUGACGAAUAGGAUGUUCGUAAUGUUGUCACAACUAACUAGUGUUGACUUAAAUGAUAUUAAUUAACUUAUCUAUGAGUCGCUUGUUAUGGGAAUCAUUAUCAUAAUCUUUGAGUAAACACUACGUUUACUAUAGAGCCUACCUAUUUGUUUCUAGAAGGAUCUCGAAAUUGAGGGAGAAUUGAACCCAUUCGAAUUCUUGCCAAAAGUGUACCGACCUCCAUGGUAUACAAUGUUAUAUAAAAAAAUAUAUAACCUCUUAGGAAUUGGGUCAAAAUUUUGCUCUAAGCUUGGAAUUAUCGUUAUUAGUUGGUUUCGAAUAUUUUGGCUCGAAUUUUUGUUUGCAUUUACAGCUGAUGUUACGGAAAAAUGUCGAGUAAUAAAGCAUAAGGAUAAAUCGUCUGUGUGUUUUCCUCAAGGCUCGAUGUAUGGACAUUUUGCAAUCAAAGUUCCAAGUUAUUGGAAUCAUUUCGAAAUUUUAAUUUUGCAUUUUGAGAUACGAAGUUGUAUUAAGUAAUUAUUGAAGAAGUGUGUUUUGUCGUGAGCAUUUUUUUACAAGAAACAGAAAUAAUUCGUUUUACAUAUUAUGUGGUGUGAUCAAAAUGCUUAGUUCUAUAUUGAUUGAUUACAAUGGUCUAUGGUAAUGCCUUUUAUUUGUAUUAGAGUUUACCUAUAGGUUUAGCUAUUUAUAAAUUAGAUAGAAAUUAGUUUUAGAGGUUGCGUGGGUUGUGUGCACUAAAUAAAUGUGAUUUAUUUUUACCCAAUACAGACGAAUUUUAUAUACCUACCUAAAUAGAUAAGAUAUUUAAUUGAUUUUUGUACGUUUUACUAUACCAAUAAAUGAUACAGUAUUAAU